AAAGCCAACGGCGUUCUCUUCGAAAUCAUCAGUUCACCGCAACAUUUGUUGGAACAUACAUCUAGUAUAGUAUCCAGCAAGCGUUGUUCGUCAACAACAUGUCAGCAAACGUUUGUUUCAUCGCUGCGGUCCUAGUGGCUACCGCGUUUACUUUGGCGUCAACAUGCCCCACAAUACCGAAACCUUGCCCAACAAUACCGAAACCUUGUCCAACAAAACCGAAAUCUUGCCUAUGUGUUGAUGUACCAAAGGUUUACAAACCAGACUACACAUAUACAGACUUUUGCGAUCUCUACGAGAGACUCCCCCGUAAUCAAUGCGUUAAAUUUUUCGAAAAGUUGGAAUUCGUCGACAUCUUACCAGCGUACAAUGCAUAUAGAGACUGCAUCGAUGAUGCAGCCAGAGAAGCAGCCAGAGAAGCUUACUUAGAACUUAUCAAGAAAUACUACAGUCAGUGCCCCGACAAAUUCGUCCUAGAGGAAAUAAUUGAAUUUAUCAACAGUAUCCCGGACGAAUGCGGUUCCGACGGUUUUCCUCCAGGCCAAAUCGUGUACACACCUCGUGGUGUAGAUCUUCUUGAUUUUUACGAAUCGUGCGGUUUUACCGACAUUGUCGCCGAUUACUUCAAACUUAAAAGCUAUGAAGAAUUGUUAGUGAAGUACCUAGCAUGGAAAGACAAUGUGUUCGACAAAAAUCUGAAAUUAUCUUACAGACAAUGUUUGUACGAUUCGUACAGGGGUCAGCCACAAAAGAUCCAUGAUGACGUUUUGGAAUUCCACGAUUUCGAUAAUUCUUAUAACCCUGCCAGUGGUGGUUUCCCUGUUCCGAGAGGUUUAAUUCCGGAUGGCUGCGGCGAUACUUAUGACAUUCCCACAUACCAAAUCGUGUACACUCCCAAUGGAAAAGAUCUUCACGACUUCAUUGAAUCAUUUGGUUCCAGUGAGAUUGCCUUUGAAUUCUUCAUAAGCAAAGGCUAUUUCGAAUUGGCGGCGAAAUACUUUUAUUGGAAAAUCAAUCCAAGCAAUAAAAAAUUGAAAUAUGCAUACAGAACAUUUUUGUACGCUUUAUACAAGGGCCAGGUUCCAAACUUUAAACCAGACAUUACACAGGACUGUAUCGACUUCUACAAUUUCGAUAAUUCUUUUAAGCCCGGGUGUGGUGAUGAAUUUCCUCUGCUGAGGAGUCCGACCAGCAGCAGUAUUGAUAUUUUCAGUAUCUUUGAGCAAUACACCCCUGAUAAAUACGAUAAUUUUUUCACCCGCCAUAACAUACCUGACCUCACACCAUUGUACACUACCUAUCAAAACGGCGGCGGACAACCGGAAAAAGAUGCUUUCUUAGCAGCUCUGAAAACGUACUUCACUCCAGAGAAACCCGACGAUUUCACUCAAAUAUAUGAGCUUAUAUUUGAAUCCAUCAACGGCUUCCCGAUCGAUUCCAUUGGCUGUGAUGGUGGUCCAACUGUGCCGAGGGGUUUGACAAUCCCUAAAGGUCCAGAAGAUUAUCUCGAUAUCUACUAUAAUCUCUCCCCUGACCAAUGCAUUGACUUUUUCACCAAGAGGCAAGCGAUCGACCUCAUAAAACCGUACCAGAUCUAUAAAAACAGCAACGGACCAGCGGAAAAAGAAGCUUUCUUAGAAGCUCUGAAAUUAUACUACGGUCAGAAGCCCCAGUCCCUCUUAGAUGAAGACUACAAGCUAUUAGAUGAAAUCAUCAACGGCCACCCACUCAUUCCCAAUGGUGGUCCAACUGUGCCGAGGGGUUUGACAAUCCCUAAAGGUCCAGAAGAUUAUCUCGAUAUCUACUAUAAUCUCUCCCCUGACCAAUGCAUUGACUUUUUCACCAAGAGGCAAGCGAUCGACCUCAUAAAACCGUACCAGAUCUAUAAAAACAGCAACGGACCAGCGGAAAAAGAAGCUUUCUUAGAAGCUCUGAAAUUAUACUACGGUCAGAAGCCCCAGUCCCUCUUAGAUGAAGACUACAAGCUAUUAGAUGAAAUCAUCAACGGCCACCCACUCAUUCCCAAUGGUGGUCCAACUGUGCCGAGGGGUUUGACAAUCCCUAAAGGUCCAGAAGAUUAUCUCGAUAUCUACAUUAAUCUCUCCCCUGACGAAUGCGUUGACUUUUUCACCAAGAGGCAAGCGAUCGACCUCAUAAAACCGUACCAGAUCUAUAAAAACAGCAACGGACCAGCGGAAAAAGAAGCUUUCUUAGAAGCUCUGAAAUUAUACUACGGUCAGAAGCCCCAGUCCCUCUUAGAUGAAGACUACAAGCUAUUAGGUGAAAUCAUCAACCGCCACCAGCCCAGUUCCAUUGGCUGUGAUGGAAGUCCAACUGUGCCGAAGUUUUCACCUCCAAAUUGUCUAGAAGAUUAUCUCGAUAUCUACAGUAAUAUCCCUAUCGACCAAUGCCUGGAUUUUUUCCAUCAGAGGGAAGAUUUUCAACCCCUUAUAAUACCAUACACUAACUUUAGAAACGGCGGCGGACCAGCGGAAAAAGAAGCUUUCUUAGAAGCUCUGAAAUUAUACUACGGUCAGUAUACACAAUAUGUCGGUGAAGACUACAAGCUAUUAGGUGAAAUCAUCAACGGCACACCGUCUGGUGAUUCCUUUUCGUUCACUUAUACCGAAACGAAAACUACUACUACUUCGGGCCCCUCUGACAUAGUUGUCCCGAAUCCCGGACCUUGUGGUCCAGUCCAUCCGAAAUCAUGUGGUUGCGGACCACCACCUGGCAUUGUAAUUAAACCCAAAUGUUGAUGACACUCGUCCAUUCAUGUAAACCUUAUAUUCUAACUCAACUAACUUAGCUGAAAACUCGGUAUGUACGUAAAAAUGUUCUAUUAUUAUGUAUGUCCGAGUUCAAGAAAUAAUAAAAAUAUUAAUUCAAUGAUUUAA